AAACAACAGAAGAGAUUUAGGGUACAGCAGCGUUGUGCCGAGUAUCUUUGGGAAGGUCCAGACAGACAAACCAAUGGUCGUGAUGUGGAAGAUUUUGGUACCGAUUUUUAUGGUGGCUUUUGCCAUGGCCAGCGCUGGCCUGAUUGGUGGUCCAUCUGAGGCGAACAUAAACGACGAAGGAGUCCAAAAUGCCUUGCAAUUUGCUGUUGUUCAGCACAACAAGAUGACUAAUGAUGCGUUCAUCAACAAAGUGUCAAAGGUGGUCAAGGUCCAGAAACAGGUCGUUGCUGGGAUGAAGUACAUUUUCACCGUGGAAAUGGCAAGAACCAACUGCAGAAAGGGCGGCGUGGAGACGGAGUGCGAAAUCCACGCUGAUUUACAGCUUGCCAAGCCCUACACAUGCACUUUUGAGGUCUGGAGCCGUCCUUGGCUGGGCCCACCUCAGAUCAUCAAGAAUGACUGCAAACAUUAGAUAUCCUUGAAACCCACUUCCAAUCAGGUUUUGGAUUGCCACGUGUAGUCAUAAUAACAUUAAUAAAGCAUUUUAAAGAAAUGUUUCUUUUUCUAGAUAUGAACAGAUUAACACCUAAUUUUAACAUUACUCUCUGGCAAGAAUACUGUUAUAUUAUUCUCUGGCAAGAGGAUCUACUGACCACCUUUUCUAUAUCCUAUAACUACUGUACUAAUACCCGUGGCACUGUUUAACAUAAACAAACUGUAAACGUAUUGGCCCUUCUCACCAAUAAAGGUUUUGUUACACCA